AUGAAUUUAGAGCAGUUUAAAAAUAUAAACAAAGAUCUGGCUACAAAUCUUUUUUCUCAACUAUCAUUUUUAAAAAAUGAGAAUAAGUUUUUGAGCCAGGGUAAAUCUCUUAUUAAAUUUCUUAUCGGAAUAGCCAUAUUUCUAGUCGUUCUCAUAUUUAUAAAAUCGUCUCAUCCAGCUCUCAAAGAGAAGAAGAAAAAGGUGCUAGAAUUUUUUGAAAACCUUGUAUUGAAUAAGAAAAAAAAAGAGAAUAUAACAGCAGCGAUCGCAUCCAAAGAAUUGGCUGAUGCUGAAACAACAGAUACAAGCGAUUCAGAAGAUGAAGAUCAUAUUAUUAAUAAAAAAGUGAAAAGAAGAAAAAGGAAUAUCAUAAAUAAUCCUGAUGAGAAAGUACAUAACGUAAAAGAAAAAAAUAGUAAAAGUAAAAAUGAAGAAGAUAAAACAGAUGAAAGUUACAAUGAAACUAGCUUAUUAUCUUCUGAUGAAGAAGGUGAGGUGAAUUUAGAGGAUUGGAAAAAAAACGAAUGGAUUAAAUGGAUGGAUGAAACAGAAGAAGAAUGGCAACUUUUAAAAUUAUGGUUGGAAGGAGAAAAAAAUAAAUGGCUUGAAGGGAAAAAUAAGGAAUAUGAUAUAUGGUUAAACCAUAUGAAUAGUAAAUGGACAAAUUAUAAUAAAGAUAUAGAUGAAGAAUAUGAUUCAAAUGUUUUUAAAGAUUCUUACAAAUGGAAUGAAAAACAAUGGGAACAAUGGAUGAAAACCGAAGGAAAAGAAUUCAUGUUACAAGAUUUUAAAAGAUGGUUAGAAGACAGUGAAGGAUAUUUAAAAUCAUGGCUUAUCAAACAAUGGAUACAAUGGAAAAAUAUGAAAAUUCUGGAAUGUCUAAUGAAUGAAUGGAGAAGAGAAGAAGAUGAAAAAUGGUCAAACCUAGAAGAUACAGAUCAAAUCAGAGUAUUAAAUCACAAAGAUAGAAAAGAAUGGCUUAGAUGGAAAGAAAGAGUUACUAGAGAAAAACUCGAAUGGAAACAUUGGGUAGAAAUGAAAGAAAAUAUGAAUAUAUAUAAUAAGUGGAAAAAAUGGAUAAAAUGGAAGAAAAAUAAAUUAGCUAAUUUUAAUGAAUGGUCAAAAAAUUUUAUAGAAAAAUGGAUACGAGAAAAACAAUGGAACAAUUGGAUUAAUGAAAGAAAAAAAUAUACAUCUCAAAGAAAAAGUUUAGAACAACAAUUUGGAGAUAAUAUGGAUAAAAUGAACAAAUUAAAAAAAAAAAAAAUUUUGAAAUUCUUCCCACUAUUUAAUUAUAAAAGUGAUUUGGAAUCAAUAAUGGAAGAAGAUGAAAACGAAUACAACAGUUUUGAUGAAAACGAAGAAGAAAACGAUGAAAAAACAGGAGAUGUUAAUGUAGGAAAGACGGAAGCUUUGAAUGUAGCAAAGACCGAAGGUUUGAAUGUAGGAAAGACGGAAGAUUUGAAUGUAGCAAAGACAGAAGAUUUGAAUGUAGCAAAGACGGCAGAUUUGAAUGCAGAAAAAACAACAGAUUUGAAUUCAGAAAAAACAGCAGAUUUGAAUUCAGACAAAACAACAGAUUUGAAUCCAGAAAAAACAACAAAUUUUAAUACAUACAAAGCAACAGAUUUGAAUGCAAACAAAACAGCAGAUUUAAAUUCAGACAAAACAACAGAUUUGAAUUCAGACAAAACAACAAAUUUUAAUACAUACAGAACAACAGAUUUGAAUUCAGACAAAACAACAAAUUUUAAUACAUACAAAACAGAUUUGUAUGCAGAAAAAACGACAGAUGUUAAUCUAGGAAAAACAACAAACCAUAAUGUAGCAAAAACAACAGAUCAAAAGGUAGUAAAACAUUCGUUAGAUCACGAAGUAAGACAAAUGAUAGACCAAAAAGUAGCACAAAUAAUGAACCAUGACUUAGAAUCAACAGCAGAACAAAAAGCAGAAAAAAAAGGAGGAAAAGCAAAAGCGAAGACAAAAGUAAGAACAGUUGAUGAUGACGGAAAUGAAAUUAAUGUUUAA